UAGCUAGUAGCUACUGGUAGCGGUAGCCCUGUAGUGUUGGUACGGUGAAGUGGACAUCUGUGUGUAGCUGCUGGGAACUCAUGGAUUUCUCUAACAUGAUCCUCCGGCCGGCGCUUCACCGGAUCACGUCCUCCUUCGCUUCCACCACCAACAGCAGCUACGGCGGCUUCAUCACCCGCCUGCUCAGCUUCACCGGCUCCUUCAACGACCGGACCAGCCUACUGCACGAGCACGACGCCGAGCAGGAGGCCGCCGCUCCUCCUCCGCCGCAAGCGCCAGAGUCGGCGCCUGCUGCACCGUUCGACAUCGAGGCGGGGACGACGACGACGCUACUGGCCCCCACCGGUACCGCCCCCGAAGGACCGGCGGCGGAGGGCCAGGAGGAGCCGGCUGCCACCGAGCUGGUCGACGCAGAGUCGAGGCGCGUGGGGAAGAGCGUGCAGACCGUCUGCCUCUUCGUCGCGUCCGCCUCGCUCGUGCUGUUCGCCAACCUCCCCAGCAACAAGCAGCAGACCGGUCCUGCCGCCGCUCCACCGGCGGCGUCGGCGGGGCAGCACCCCCUGCUGUACAGCGCCGACAUGGCGUUCAUCAGCCUCGGCUUCUUCUCGAGCCUGGGCCUGUCCAUGUUCUCGAUCGUGGCGAGGCCCGGCCAGGCGGCGGUGGCCAGGGUGCAGAAGUGGGGGAUGGUGGUGGCCGUGGCGUCCGUGGUCGUCGCCUUCUCGCUGCGCGUGUGCAUGAUGCCUGCUGCCUAGUUGCAGGCCCCGGCCGCGCGUGCCCCCAUGGGCAUCGAUCGUCAGCCUAGCUCGGCUGGCCGGCCGUGGGUAUAUAUGGUGGACGUGGACUUGACCUUGACUUGGGCAGAGGAUGCAUUAUUAUUAUGUUCACAGUUUCCUGAUAACGAUUCGUGUACAGUAUUGGUAGAUCCGUGUUCUCGUGUAUACGUACGUGUGGACAUGGAGAGUCCACACGCGGCGGCUUGCGGGUCGUCGAUCGGCAGCCGCCGGCCGCUGGCGUGCAUGGUGUACAGAUGAUGUUUUUGUACAGACUCGUGUACAGAUGUUUUUUACAGACCCACACGGCGUCCAAUUCGAUGCACCUCCGCUCCGAGUCCAAGCCGCGCUCAUCAGUGAUGAAGCCGGCCGGCGGCACGUCGAUUCCGCCAUGCGCGCGGCGCCGCCGCUCAUGCAUGUUCCCGGAACGGAAUAUGCCCGGAGCCUCUCCCUCCAUCCAUCGCCAUCGGUGCAUGGCUGCAUGCAUGCUUUUUGUUAGGGGUUAGAACAUUCGGUGGAUGGAAACGUGUAUGUGCUGUCCUCGUCCUAGCUGCUCACUUCGCUUGUGGUCAAAUUUGAAAUCCUGACUACUACGGACUAGUACUACCGAAUUGUGGGUGCCAGUGAGCUGUACGAUGCCUUGUGUUUAUAGUU